GGAGCUUAUUAUAAGGUAAGGCAUGCAUUGCAUGGCCAACAUGGAGGAACUGACUGUGGAGGUCCUUGGCUCCAAUGGAGCUUAUUAUAAGGGAUUUGUCAAAGAUGUCCAUGAUGAUUCACUCACUAUUGUCUUUGAGAACAAUUGGCAACCUGAGAGACAAGUUCACUUUAGUGAUGUUCGGAUGCCACCUCCUGCCGACGGUAAAAAGGACAUCGGGGAGGGAGAAGAGGUGGAGAUCUUUUCCCGGGCCAAUAAGCAGGAGCCAUGUGGCUGGUGGCUUGCCAAAGUGCGCAUGAUGAAGGGAGAUUUCUAUGUGAUCGAGUAUGCUGCCUGUGACGCCACGUACAAUGAAAUAGUCACCUUUGAACGUCUCCGGCCUGUGAAUGUCAACAAGGUGGUGUCAAAGAGCUCCUUCUUCAAAUGCACAGUCCCAGUUCCUGACGAUCUGAAAGCAGCGUGCGAAAGUGAACAAGCGCAUAAAGAUUUCAAAAAGGCAGUGGGAGCUUGUCGGAUUGUCUACUGUCCAGAAACAAGUAACUUGGUCGUACUAUCUAUAAAUGAAGCCACAGUUAAGCGAGUGUCUUUGCUCAGUGACAUGCAUUUGAGGAGCAUUCGCACUAAGCUCAUGCUCCUGUCCCGAAAUGAGGAGGCCACUAAACAACUGGAGAGUACAAAGCAACUGACAUCCGCUUUCCAAGAGGAGUUUACAGUCAGGGUGGACCUCAUGGGCCUUGCCAUUGGAAGCAAUGGCAGCAACAUUCAACAAGCCAGAAAAGUGCCUGGAAUCACUGCUAUUGAGCUGGAUGAAGGGAGUGGGACUUUCAUAAUUUACGGAAAGAAUGAGGCGGUUAAGAAGGCAAGGAAUUAUCUGGAGUUUCUCGAAGAUUCUGUUCAGAUCCCAAGGAACUUGGUCGGCAAGGUAAUUGGCAAGAACGGAAAAGUCAUUCAGGAGAUCAUUGACAAGUCUGGGGUGGUGAGAGUAAGGAUUGAGGGGGACAAGGACAACACACAGCCACGUCAAGAAGAGAACAUUGGGAAUGCCCAGGUGCUUCUGGAGUACCACAUCGCCUACCUGAACGAGGUAGAGCUACUGCGUAUGGAGAGACUGCAGAUAGAUGAGCAGCUGAAGCUGAUUGGGAUGGGCCAAAGGCCUUCAUCUGGCCACCCAGCAGACAAAGACAAGAGCUACACCACGGACGACAGUGUGGCUGCUACCGCUGUGAAUACCAGCCGCUCCUACACUGGCAUAGGCCCCAACUACACCUCUGGCUAUGGCACAAACUCUGAGCAAUCUAAUGACUCUGAGACUGACUCAGAGCGGAAGGAGGAGCUGAUUGACUGGUCCCUGGCGGGAGAGGAACCGGAGAGGGGUACCCAGCCACAGAGAGACAGCAGGAGAGCUGGUCAAGGGAGGGGGAGAGGACCCAGUGGCAGGGGCCGAGGAGCAGGGAGAGGAGCCUCCAACACCGCUCUAAAGGAUCGUGAUGGCAACCCAUACAGUGUGCUUGACAACACCGAGACAGGCCAGACGGUCGACUCCAACCUCAACACAAACCGCCACCUCCUCUCUAGCCGGACUGAUGAGGACACAACAGCCAUUGAUGGCAUGAGCGAAUCGGACAAAUCUUCCCUCGGUGAGAAUUGCCUUGGUAAGUCCUGCAUCACCAUGUCCUCGCAGUGAUGACUUGAUUUAAGGACCGUCAUCAACGGUAUUUAAACAUUUGUGUUGUGACUUUUACCAUCUCAAUCAGUACCAUCCACAAACUUCUUCAAUCCCUCCGGAUAGAAGUGUCUGAGUAAAAAUCACAAGCCCUGGGAGCCAAUCGGAUUCAACAACAAACAUACUCCCAUAAGCAUUAGAAAAUACAAUUAUUUCAUGUUACAGAAGACGGUGGACAAUUCAGUGACUUAAAAAGGAUAGAAUUACACACAUUGACACCAAUCCCAAGUCAAUCCUCAUGAAAUUCACUCCGAGGGCUCUGCACAAACUCUUCCCCCACAUAGAUGACUCAAAAGCUAAACCACAGCUGCAUAAACGUAGCAGUAGACACUGUUCGCCCACCAGAGGAAAGGUGGGGAACGGGCCUGUACUUUGUUUACCAAAACCAGCAUUACUGAGUGUGAUUAACACUUGCCCUGGCUAGCAGUGACAUCUGUGCUUCAACCAGUAACCAUUGAUUUACUCUGGGAAGCUAAUUUCUCAAUUUGAAGCUGAAUAGACACCUAGAAAAGGCAUGCCACCAAGAAGUCCCACUCAAAUUCACUAACAUGACCGCUACUUGUUGACUAUCAAUUAAGGUCUGUUUAUUUUUUGGGAUUUGAUACUGCUUGCCUGUAUUUCUCACUUGCAUUCCUUGGACUGCUUUCUAGUUAUUUUUAAGUGUUAUCACAAUGUAAGCUAUUUUUCUGAUUCAGAGGGGUUGGGUUAAAUGCGGAAGACACAUUUCAUUUGAAUGCAUUUCUGUACAACUGACUAGGCAUCCCCCUUUCCCUAUCAUUAGCUAUGAUGAUCUAGUUUAUUUCAUUACCAAUGCAAGUGGUUCUAACAUUCUUUGUUUUGCAGAUCCCGGGCUGAAUCACAAAGCAGAUAGAUGAACUGGUAUGUUUGAAAAAAUCUACAAAUCUGAAUUCAGGGCUCGUAUGUAUCAAGCGUCUCGUAGUAAGAGUGCUGAUCUAGGAUCAGGUCUUCAAUCUUAUUCAAUGUGAUGUAAAAUGCAAAUCGGCACGCCUAAUCUGAGAUGCUUGAUACAUACAAGUGAUGGGGAGAUAGAACCAUGGUAGUGUACGGAAACUUGCAAUAAGAAUGUACAUUUCUUUCUCUUGGCUUGAUGUACUUCAGGGGCAUAGUCCAUGGAAUCUACAGUAUGUGAAAUUGCCACUAGGCUGGUUUAAAUGUCUAGCAUUGUAUGCCUUUGGUACAUUAAGUCAAGCUUCUGUAACUAUUUCUACUUGUCUGUGUCCUGCAGGGGCAUGUUGAGUGUAUUACAGAGCACAGCCUCUCCACAUCAGCAAAGACAGGCAAUGGAAAAGGUGACGAACUAGGCAGAGCUUCCACAAAGAGCUGCCAAAGUCUGUUACCAAGGGAACAGUGACUAGCAGCCUGUCCUGAAUAGUGUCUCCUAAUCUACGGACCUAUUAAUUGUAUUACAUUCGUACAAUAGUUAUUGUACAAGCUUGCCAAAGAUAGACAUAUGGACUUCCAGAUUCUCUACUGCACUUUUCAAUUCCCUAACCAUGGGACACAGAGGGGGAGAUUUAGCACUGAACCGAGACAUGAAAAGGCAUGUUUCAAGUACAUUAUCAGAUGUUGUGCCUUGAGUAGAUUUAACAUAGUUGCCUGACUGUAGUAAAUUUGUCAAUGAUGACAAAGGUGAAAGAAUCUAGUUAUCCUAAUGUUUGUUGAGGAGCUUUGGCUGAUUUGUAUUUUUUUACAUUUUAAUAUACAAUCACUUCAGACUAGGAAAUGCAGUCCGAGAGGGAAAAAAACUGUUUUGCACUGAAUUGGUCUGUCAAUGUUCUUGUCCCAUUUUUUUAUGCACCCACCAGAGGCUGGAAUGAUGGUGGCAGUAACUUGUCUCGAAGGAGCUUUAUUUUUUUUAUUUACAAAUGUACACUUUAAUAAGCUGUUAACACUAAACUGGUGGAACGACCGUGUUUUAUGCAGGUGACAAUUUGGACUGAGGUCAAUUUCUAGAUUUUGAUGUGCAAUAUGUUUUGUAUGCCAGUAGUUCUUAAAUAAAACCAUUUGUCUUGUCAGGUUGA